AUGCCCUCAAUUGUAGGCACCCCGACGCGCUCGCCUAACAAACGGAGACGAACGACAUUCAAGGAAGAGGAAAAUUCUUCCGUCGAAGAGAGCCCGAGCGCUCAAGAAGUUUGCAAGAUGCUGCUUGGCACACCGCGUCGCACGCGAACCUCGCCUUCGCAACUCGUCACACCGACGAAGGCAACGGCCAAGCGACGAAGCCACAGUCCUGUGCUCAAGGAGAACGUGCCCGUGCACAGCGACAGCACUGAAUCACAUAGCGAUCAAGACGAACUAAUCUUCACUCCGUCAAAGGAGAUAGUCAAACGUGAGUGCCGGAUGAUGCCCGUUGUGUGACCCCCUUCGCGACGUCGACGCUUCCGCUGACGGUGGCUGCCCUCCUGAUCAUUGUAGCCGAGGAUACACUACCUACACCGCACUCGACACCCACAAAAGAUCGCGUGACAGCGCGACCGAUCAAAGACAUCUACACCCACGCUCUUCAGCUGCUCAGUCCCAGUGGGUCGACGCUCCCGACCAUUCUUGGGCGCGAUUCGCAAAGGGCCACCUUGGUCACCUUCCUCGCUCGACGCUUUCCGCAAGUCUAUCGCGAUCAUCCCACGUCUGCUUCCGAUAGCGCCAUCCCACCAGCCUCGCUCUAUGUCUCGGGUCCACCGGGGAUCGGCAAGACGGCUCUGCUCUCCGCCGUCGUCAACGAGUUCUCGGCGCUGGUCGAGCAGCAGGACUUGGAGGACGAGAUCUCAGUUCACAUGCAGACAUGUCAGACUUCCGGAGCUACGCAAAGCAGCAUCUGGGACAGGCUUGGCCGAGGAUUGGGGCUUGACAUGUCGCUCGGAACAGGGCACGCCAAGUUCACGAGUAAGCAAGCUUUCGAACGAGGCCUCGCUCGAGGCGGAAGUUUGUGAGUAGCCUCCGAAACUCGUUGGACUCUCCGGACAAGAAGCUAACUCAUACCAAUGGUCGCCGUAGCCUCAUCAUCCUGGACGAGAUUGAUCACCUCCACGCGGCGUCCGCGAGUGCGAAUCUGCUGCAAUCACUCGUCACCCUCGCGCACGCUCCCAAUUCGUCGUUGACUCUCAUCGGCAUCGCCAACACGCUCGACCUCAUGACUCGGUACGACCUGGCAAGCUCGGCAUCGUUGGUGCCGUCGUGGAAAAAGGGCAGGGGCACGUCGAUCGAUACGCCGACAAUGCAGCAGCUUCACUUCAAGGCGUACAACGCUUCGGAGAUCGAGCUCAUCCUUCGGCAGCGCCUGUCGAUGCUCGCCGACUCGUACCCCCUGGUACCCGACCUCGUAUCCCCACCCGCACCGAGCUCACGAACGAUCGUCCCACUCUUGCACCCGGCAGCGCUCAAACUCUGCGCCAUGAAAGUCGCAGCCAGGUCCGGUGACAUCCGCCAGGCAUUUCGAGUCGUCGAGAUGUGCGUUUCGUCCCUGAAGCGAAAGGCACGAGGCUCCCUCGGUGACGGUCCGGAGGCGCAGACCCUUCUUUCGUCGCAUACCCCCGAGACGGCUCCGAAAGCAUCGCCAUCCGAUAUCAACCUGUCGCUCAAAGACGUCGGCUUGUCCGUCUCGGCCGAGCUCGCUUCACAACUGAGCACUUUGCAGAGGAACGCUCGCUUCGUCCUCGUUUCGAUCUGCAUCGCCCUCUCGCGCGAAUCGCUAGCUGGUUUCGAAGCCAAGGCGCUCAAUCGCACCGUCAACGUGUCGAGCUGCUACGCCGUCUACCAGGAAAUGCUCGAACUAGACGAGGUGUUUCGGCGCAGCGCGAACCUCAGUCGCGGCGAUUGGGUCGACGCGCAAGGUCUCGUCGAAGCCAACGCUUUCGUGCGAUCAUUCUCGACGCAAGGAGCGGCCAAAGGACGUAAGCCCAAAGGGUCGCCGACUCGAAGAUCAGGCGCAGACGCUGCGGAUCCAAUGCUUGGGCUCUCGUCGUACGGACUGGACGAAGUCGUUGAUGCGCUCAAGACCGUCCCAGCGGCGGAAGGGAUGAGCGCGGGCGUGCUUGAGGAUACGUUGCGCAUCUCCAAGAUGAUGUUGCAUUGGGAAGAGGAACGCGUCUCGAGGGAGAGGAACAAGAAGAUGUUUGAGCAGCAGAGGGAUCGCUCGAGGGAUCACAAUGCCCCGAGUGAGGGAUUCCAUGGUCUUGGAUUAGAGAAGGGUCCGGCGUCGACUGGUGCGGGGAAGAAUGGGAGGAAAGCUCAAGAUGCUUCGGGGCUAGGGAAAUGGAUUGGCAAGAAGAGGAAGGUUGAAGACGAGGAUGAGGUCGAUAGGAAUGGACUGGUUGUGGGAGAACCCGAGGAGGAAUGA